CACGAAAUUAAAAAUUGCAUUUCUCUCCAUUAAAUUAUGAGUGCAACAGCGCAUAGCUCAACUCCUCCAGUCAAAAGGACUACCAGACGCAAGCCAUCUUUUAUCAAUCUAUCCAACAUUAACAAUAGCAUCUCGGCAGCUGUCUCCUCACCAAGAACCCCUCGAUCGAUCUCAAAAUCAAGAAGACCCUCCAUUGUGCAGGAAAAGCUGCAGACCAAGGCCAUCCCUAGUCCUGGGAAUCCAUCAGAUGAUACAGUACCUACCAUGAUGCUGUCAGAUACAACCAACUCUUAUUUCCAACAGAGUAAUGCCGAAUCAGAAGAACCAAAACAUCGGUAUCCAACUCGACAUCGAUCAUCUUCAGUUUCUAGUCUACUGAGUUCUAAUUUAUUACCCAAUUUUGAAGUUCAUAAUCAAUACAAACUCAAGACGACACGAUCAUCAAAGAAAUUGGAGCGUUUCUUUGGUGAAGAUGCACCACAUGAUAUUUGUGUAAAGGAGAUCAGAAAAGAGGGGUUAAAGGCAAUCCUUUUGUCAAAAUAUCCUCUAUGUUACUUUUUGUACUAUCUCUUGGAGGAAUACAGCAGUGAGAAUUUGUUCUUUUUCAUAGAGUUGGAACAGUAUGAAUCAUUCACUUAUGCCACGCCGCGCCAGCAAAUAGAAACAGCCCAGCACAUCUAUAAUACAUACCUUACGAGAAAUAGCCAUUUUGAAGUAAACCUGGAUGACAAAGUUCUUAGGAUGGUUACACAGUUACUACAACAAAAGAACCCCAAAUGCUUUGAAUCAGCGAAACCAGCGGUGUACACGCUAUUAGAAUCAAGCUACAUGAGAUUCCAAAGUUCUGAAACGUUUGAUAUCAUGGUUAAAGAGUGCGGUGAACUAACAACGUAUUACAGUAAUGAAACAAGAUCAGCAGCGGUCAAUAGAUUAUUGAACUAUAUACAAAUCUCAUCCAAUACGGCUACAGUGAGCCAAGCAACUAGAAAGAGACACGAGUUAUUAAGACUUAUGAUCUAUGAGUUCUGUCGUACUUGCAUUGGUGUAAACUUGGAUUGUGUUUAAAAAUUUUUUUUACUGUACUAUAUAUUUUCUCUCUCGGC